UCCGGAAGUAUCUGUGAAGGUUCCACGUCUGUCGUGACUUUUACUACUCGACCAGGAUCAACAGUGAACACCUGUCGACAAUCCACUGUCCACCUGUUAGCUUCUAGUUUGCUCCCAGCCUGGGACCGCAAGUAGGGAGAGUGGGCAUCUGGUUCGCAAAACCCAGAUUAGGAUUUAUCUAGCGAUUAGACCCAGUUUCUUAAAUCUCUAAAUUGAUUUGUAUUUAUUUAAAAGUCUUAAACUGCUAGUUGCAUAACUCUACUCAUCACGAACAAAACAGCGAUUAAUUCGGGGACAUAAAAAACAAAUGGAAAAUGCAAAGCGAUGGACGUGGAGGUGGUGACCAGAUUGUUUUUGAAGUCCACCUGCAGGAGGAUGAGGAAUUCCCAUUGGCUGCCAUGUCUUGGGUGGUUCGUUAUGCUGAUGCCAGCACCUUUACUCAGUAUGAAUACAGCACAAACUACCUCUGUUUUGCAAUCUUCAACAGACAGACAGCAUAAAGAUUUCAUUCGGUUUAUUAAUGCAACUGACAUGGUAGUAGCUGACUACAAACUUUCCAUUGAAUAUUUAUGUUCUGAACCCAGUACUGUUGGUGUUGAGGUGAUAGUUUCAACCGACGUUAAAAUCGGAAUCACUGUUUACAAGAAAAGAUGGAAAUGUGAAAAACGUCUUCAUACCUUGAGAAAUCGGACUCUGUGGGUGAGAUUUCCAAGCAUCAUGUUAUAUGCAGCUGAUUAUUUGAUCCAACAUUCUGUUGUCGUAAAUAAUGUAAUAUUAAGAGCUUGGAUUAUAAAUACUGAUUUAGAAGCUCACGAGAGUCGUAAUGCGGCUGUUUAUGAACAAGCUACGACUAGAACCUACAAAUUACUGGGGACAUUAAGCCCUUUUGAACGGCCUUACAAAGAUCAUAAAGAAUGCCUUCAGUGGGACAGAGAGAAGAUACAGACAAUAAAAGAAAAGCAAAUACCCCAGUGCCUGCUUGAAAAUGAUGUUGUGGAGCUACUUGGUUUUCCAUUUGCAUCACCUGGUUUGAAUUUUGGAAUAAUGAGGAAACUAAAAAAAUUUAAUAACCUGGAGGUGGAAGUGACAAGCAAACAACUUGUCAACAAUCCAAGGUUUACUGUGUCAAUCUGGAUUUACGUACUCCAUGGGUGUAAAUGGCUCCUUUGUGGGAUUUUCCAUCGCAUUAAUGAAAAACAGGUCUAUGCCACCCCAUUGCUGUUUCUAACUCAGGAUGGUAGCAUUCACUUUCAGAUGAUGCUGUCCUCAGGAAAAUACAUUGCAGGAAAGUCGAAUUUCAAACUGUCAUUGAGGCGAUGGUGUCGAUUGGAUUUAACCUUGCAUGACAGGAAGAUGACUUUGUCAGUCAGCUAUGGAGAAAAACUGCAAACCAGAGAAGAUGCAUUUUAUUUCUAUCCUGAAGACGUUCAUCACAAUGAUUCAGCUGGUUAUUUUGUACUUGGAGGCAGCAACAAUGUACGUGGUUUUGAGGGAUUCAUUGGUCCUGUGAAGUUAUAUCGGCUCGUGGCCCUAACAGGACAAGAGAUUUCAAAUCCCCUUGUAACUAAUCAUAACUUCCAUAAACAUAUUGAACAGUACAAUAAAAAAUGCAAAUACCUCACGACACUUAUCAUGAAGUAUUUUCAGACUCUUGGAUUACACAAGAAGCUACAACAAAUGAAUAGAAACAACAAUUAUUAUUUAGAGUUGGUCACUAAAUAUGGACCAAUAAACUACGACGAAGAAAAAUGUGCAGUGCGUCCCUGGGGGAAAAGAACAGAGAAGAAACACAAGGCUUUAUUUGAUCUACUUCAGACAAUGGCUUUGCAGCCAAUUUUAGACUCCACUCAGUCACCAAACCUAGGAUCUACACUUAUUAAAGUUGGUGAGAAACUUUUCCAGAAGACAGUAGAAAUACUUGUUCGUCCAGACAGUACUGAGCAAAUGGACCACCUGAUCACUUCAUUAAUGGAAGCUAGCUGCUGUGGUUACCACAGAGCAGCCUACUUCCUGGCAGUUAUUUUUGAGACUGGUUUAGGUGUGGAAAUACAGCCCUUACAGGGCUUGUUGUACAGUCUGCUUGCUGCACAAGGAAAUGACAGACUUGCCUUAAUGCAUCUGGGAUAUAAGCAUAAUCAAGGCAUUGAUGGUUACGCCCUGGACGACGAUAUAUCAUACAGUUACUACUUAAACGUUGCACAACAGACUGUUAAUGAUCGGCAUGAAUUUGAUGGAGAACAGGCUUUUGUUGAACAAGUAAGGUUAAUGGAUAAUUCAGCUUUGCAGAGUCAAACUAAAGAAAACGAUGACCUCUUCUUGUGGCUCAGGUAUCAGGCAAAUCAUGGGGAUGCAUUUGCUCAGCAAAAACUUGCAAGAAUGCUUUACUGGGGACAACAGGGUGUCACACGUGAUGUGAACGCAGCCUUGGAAUGGUAUUCUAGAAGUGCAGAAGAGACAAGAGACCCACUAUCGCUGUACGAGUAUGGGCUUUUUCUUUUCAAGGGUCGUGGAGUGAAAAAAAAUACAAAAUUAGGCUUAAAACUAAUCAAUGAAGCAGCUUCCAAGGGAUCACAUGAAGCACUUAAUGGUUUGGGAUGGUAUUAUGAAACCUUUAAGAAGGACUAUGUGAAAGCUGUGGAAUAUUGGGAAAAAGCAAUGAGAAUGGGAAACCUGGAUGCCUUACAUAAUCUUGGAGUGAUGUAUGCAGCUGGACUGUACCCAGGCAAACCUGUAAAAAAUGAGACUGAAGCAUUUCAAUAUUACUAUAAAGCUGGAUCUGGGGGACACUUUGAAAGUAUAAUCCGCUGCUCCUUUUAUUGGAGUACAGGAAACUUUGAAUCUAUUCCACACAACCCCAAAAAGGCAGUCCUCUGGGCCAGAUUUGUUGCUGAACACAAUGGGUUUUUGGGUUAUAUUAUGAGAAAAGCUAUGCAUGCCUAUCUUCAGAAAUCCUGGAAUGAAGCCCUGCUGUAUUUCCUUGCCACAGCAGAAACAGGAAUUGAAACAUCACAGACAAAUGUUGCCUAUCUCUGUGAAGAACACCCAGAGCUCACAAGCAACAGUGUUGACUAUACCUGGAGAUAUUAUAAUUUAUCAGCUUUUCAGCAGACGACACAUCCUUUUGUUUUAACAAAAAUGGGAGAUUACUACUAUUAUGGUGACAAGAACCAUAAAAGAGACAUCAUGCAAUCAAUUGAGAUGUACACCUCUGCAGCCUUAUUGAAUUAUUCUCAAGCAUUUUAUAACCUGGGCUUGCUGGUAGAGGAGGGUUUUCACAUACCAGAAAGAAUUUUAGAUCUCCUGAACCUAGGCACACCAAACCACUUCAACAACUUCUCAAUCCUGCUGGAGCUUUAUGAGAGGUGUAUAACCGUUGAUAUGGAAGAGGGUUUCGUCCCAUGCUCUAUAGCUUUGCUUCAUGUUCACUUGAAAACAAUAUGGAUUAAUAUCUGCUCUGCUGCUUUAUUAUAUACUGCAGGCUCAGUGCUCCUGUCAACUCUAAUUGUUUUUGCUGUUAGGUACUACUGGUAUUCCACAGCUCCUGAGGUCUGUCCAUGUUGGACGCUGGCAAUUGUUUUCACCACAAGUACAAAUGAACAUACUCCAACUUUGAAUUCUUCUAGUCAAAACAUUCAGUCAGAUGAGACAGUACAAGAAGAAACAUCACUACCUUCAACUGCAGCUGAAUAUCUGGAACCUGAAUGAGACGAGCUCUCUGGAGUAAUGGCAUCGUAGCCUGAUUGACCUGUCCAUGUUGAAAUGUGUAAUCACUUACAUCAUUGCUUAUUAGGAAUAUUUCUGUAUAUUGCAUAGAAUCAUAUGGAUCUACAGCAAGGAAAGAGGCCAUACAGCCCAACUGGCCUAUGCCAAUGUUUAUGCUUCACACAAAUGACUCCUCAUCCUCUUCAUCUGACCUAAUAGCAUUUCCUUCUAUUCCUUUUUCCCUCAUUUACUUAUGCAGAUUCAUCUAAAUGCAUCUAUGCUAUUUGAUUUAACUACCCCAUGUAGUAGCAUGUUCGACACACUACCUGCAUGGGGAAAGAAGUUUCUUUUGAACUCCUUGUUGGAUUCAUUGGUAACUAUCUUAUAUUUAUGACUGCACGUUUUGGACUCCCACACUAGUGGAAACACAUUCUCGACAUCUACUCUAUCAAACUCCUUCAUAACUUUAAAGACCUCAGACUUAAGAGCCCCAAUCUGCUCAGUCUUUCCUGAUAAUUACAAUCUCUCAGUUCUGUUAUCAUCUGUGGCAAAAGAUGCAAGCAAUGAUUUAUAAUGCAGCUAUAUCAUUUUCUAUAAUGUGGAGACCAGAACUAUGCACAGUAUUCCAAGUGUGGUCUAACCAAGGUUCUGUGUAAGUUUAACAGAACCUCUCUGCUUUUCAACUCUAUACCUCUAGAUGCUUACCCAAGUGGCUUGCUUGCUUGUCCAAAUGGAUUUGUUAAACUCCAUUGCUACUUUAAAUGAUUUGUGAAUCUGUACUUCUGGAUUAUUUUUGUUCCAGUUAAAUUCUCAUAUGGAUAUAGAUAGUUUAUGGGUAUAAUUUUUAAAAAAUUACAGAAAUUAUGGAAACAUCUGUGGCUGGAGUUCACUAAUGUAAAACCAGAUUUUAUAUAACGUACUGCAUCAGCCAAUGUAAGUAUUGAUUUUUUUUUUUACUUGUCCAAAUGAAAUAAAUUAUGUUGUCAAAUCAGCAAAUGCAAAAGAUUACCAAAUAGUUCUAAACGUGAGUGAGGUACAUGGUAGCUGCAAUCUAAAUCAAAAGAGCAGUGAUAAACAUUUCCCAUUGAAUCAUUUUGAGACAACCAUUGUCAGAAAUCAAAUGUUGCUCAUUAAAGAAAAUAAUUAUUCCAUACUAAAUUUUUCCAUUACAGCUGCACUCAUUUAAGGAUAAAAACUGUGAUUACUGUGCUCUCAUAAAUAUGAGAAACAGUUCUCCACAUCGAGCUGAAAUGGUAUUGAAUUGUAAUCAU